GUUUUUUGAGAUGUAAAUGAGCUCUCUAUCUGGAAGUGAAGAUGAAGAUGUGAUGUCGAGUCUAUCCUCUAACUCAUCAGGUCUAAGACCAGUGAAAAUGACUAGACCCGUUCACAGGACACCUACAGAGGAGGACCAGGAGUCUGAUGCUUCAUCACAGCUAACCAGAGGUAGAUCAAGGAACUGGACAGAGGAGGACCAUGACUCUGAUACCUCAUCACAGCCAUUGAAUCACUGUUUUCAAGAUGAGUCAAGACCUGUGAAGAAGAUGAAACCCACCAAGAGGACACCUAGAGAGGAGGACCCUGAGUCUGGUACCUCAUCACAGCCAAGAAAAGACGAGUCAAGACGUGUGAAGAAGAUGAAACCCACCAAGAGGACAUCUAGAGAGGAGGACCCUGAGUCUGAUACCUCAUCACAGCCAAGAAAAGAUUCAUCAAGAAAGAAGAGGAAGAUGUGGAGCAAAGCAGAAGUCCACGCUGUGGAACAAAAGCUAAUGCACAACAUUAAGACUGGCAAGGUUCCUGGGAAAGCACAGUGUCUUGAAUGUAUCCAUGCAUUCCCAGAUGCACUGAAAGGUAGGACCUGGGAUGCUGUGAAAUACUAUGUGAAAAACCGCAUAGACACCUGGAAGCGGCGGUCUACGAGGUAACUGCAAGCUCUUGUUUUGUGUUUGAAAGAGCAACUGUUAAUGCAGCUCUCACCAUUUGAUCUGUUGAUUAGCUGAACCUCAGAGGUCAGCUUUUGAAGUUCUGCUGUUAGA